AUGAGCAAAUCAUCGUGUCAGCAAGAGGAUUCAAUUCAUCAAGAUGAAUCUUUGUGCAGGCCAAUAUCUCCCGUCCCACUGUCGGAGCCGCCUUACAGCAUCUUCGAUGCUAGACAACGGGCGCUGAUAGUGGCAAUCGUGUCUAUUGCAGCGACAUUCUCCGGGUUCGCUUCUAAUAUCUACUUUCCUGCUCUGCCCAUGAUCGCUAAGGAUUUGGGUGUAUCAGUUGAGCUCACUAAUCUUACUGUAACUUCGUAUCUAAUCUUUCAAGGCAUUGCGCCCAGUCUGUGGGGUCCAGUAUCGGACGUUCAAGGGAGACGAGUGGCAUAUUUUUUUACAUUCAUCGUUUUCUUGGCAGCAUGCGUGGGUCUGGCAUUGGCAAGAUCAUAUGCUGCUUUGCUGGUUCUACGAUGCUUACAAAGUGCAGGUAGUGCGAGCACCAUCGCAAUUGGAUCAGGUGUUAUUGGGGACAUUACGACGCGAUCCAAUCGAGGAGGAAUCAUGGGAAUUUUCCAAGCGGGUCUCCUGGCGCCCGUCGCAGUGGGUCCUGUAAUUGGCGGCGUCUUAGCAGGGUCGCUGGGUUGGCAUUCUAUUUUCUGGUUUUUGACAAUAUACGGUGGUUGUUAUCUGAUAUGCCUAUUGCUUCUGCUGCCUGAAACACUGCGGUCAGUUGUUGGUAAUGGCAGUAUUAAAUCCAGUAACUUUUUUCAAAAGUUUCCGCUCUCGGUUUAUCAAAGAACGACCCGAACGGAGUUUCAGACGAUCCAUUGUGCCAUCGCAACGAAAAAUAAGAUAGAUGUCUUUGGGCCAUUCUAUAUUUUGGCUAGUAAGCAGGCCAUCUCGAUUAUUCUUUUCUUGGCCAUUUAUUACACGGUCUGGCAAAUGAGCAUCACUGCGAUGUCGACUCUAUUCCAAAAUUAUUAUGGUCUUGGCGAAAUUCAAAUUGGCCUGACAUUUAUCGCGAACGGUGUUGGGUCUAUCGUUGGUACGCUGGUAACCGGCAAGAUAUUAAAUAUCGAGUAUAGCCGGGUCAAUGCGGCGCACAAGAGACGAGUGGCGGAGCUUCCGGCUGUUGCUGACGGGGAAUAUAGAAACGAGACAUCGAUGGACAAGGAAAUGGAUUUUCCUAUUGAAAAGGCACGUUUACGCUUGAUACCUGUGUUUUCAGUCUUGCAAUGCCUAUCGAUUUUACUAUUUGGUUGGACAGUCCACUUCCCACGCCGAGUGCACAUAGCGGUGCCCAUUGUUUCGACGUUUUUCACUGGAUGGACCGCAGUUUCUGCGCAGUCCAUAGUCAUGACAUAUCUCGUCGACGUAUUUCACGACCGGAGUGCAGCCGCAGGCGCAAGUCUUAAUUUGGCGCGAUGCCUGCUUGCUGCGGGUGGAACCAGCCUCAUAAUGCCAAUGAUCAACUCUAUCGGAGUGGGUCCCGCCUUUAGUGUGUGCGCUGCAGUACAGGCAACAGCAACCGUAUUGAUUGGAAUUCAAUGGAAAUACGGUGGCCGCUGGAGAAUAGAAGCACAUAAAAACAUGGAGUGA